AUGCCGCGACCUUCACCUGGUUCUUCUGCUAUCGCCACGUCCCCUUCCAAGCCCUCUACGGCAGCCACCGGCUCCAUGUCUGGCAAGCCUCAGUGGGAUGUCAUCAUUGCAGGCGCAGGCAUCUCAGGCCUAGCAGCGGCUCGCUACCUCGCUCUGAGCGGACGUAAGGUCCUUGUUCUUGAGAGUCGCGAUCGGACAGGCGGGCGCAUCAACACCGUCGACUUCUCAGUGCCUUUCGCCGGCUCAUCAUCUGGUGAUUCUCAGCAGCCACGCAUCUUCAAAGCAGACCUCGGCGCCAGCUUCGUCCAUGGCGUCCUCAAUAAUCCGCUGACCAAGCUGAGCAAGGAGGUGCCCUUUGACCUUCAUCUGCCCGACGUUGAAGUCGUCAGCAUGUUCCCUCCUGCAGCGCAUGGCGUUCCUGAAGAGGCCAGCAGAGCGGAGAAAGUCGAGUAUCUCAACGAGCUCGUCGUCUUUCAUCGACUCAUCGAGAUGGCGCAAGAGGGGCAGGACUCGCCGGGGGAGGACGUCAGCAUGAUGCAGGCGCUUCGCGAGGCUAGAGCAGGGGAAGGACUGUAUGCUGGAAUGGAUGAUAGCGAGCGCAAGGAGGUGUUGGCUAUGACUGAAAUGUUCAGUGGGUGGACGGGUGCAGCGCUGGACGAUGUAGCUGUCAAAUGGUGGGGAUUCGAGCGCGAAUUCAGGGGCAACGAUGCCGUCGUUCAACCGGGCUACUCGACACUCAUCGACUGGUACGUCAGUCAAGUCAAAUCACAUGGAGGCGAGAUCAGGCUCAGCCACCGCAUAGAAGCCGUAGAGCGAAUGAAUGGCAAUGGCGCCCAGAACAAUGAUGAAAGCGGUGAGGGCGUUUGCGUCACCGCCAAUAACGGUUCAGCUGCGGUCACCCUCUCCGCGAAAUACCUCAUCUCGAGUCUGCCUUUGGGCGUCAUGCAGCGCUCCCCUCCGCGCUUUACACCACCGCUUCCUCCUCGCCGGCUCCAAGCCAUCGAACGCGUCGGCAUGGGCUUGCUCAACAAAAUUGUCCUCAUCUAUCCUACACCGUGGUGGCAAGACACGUCUAAGCGACCCGAUGGCGAGCCAGCAGACUGGGUCUACCUCAAGGCGGAUCCGCAAGCUACUGCUCUGUCAGCUUUGAGCAACGUCGAUGACAACGAUGGCCUCGCAGAGUCACGUCGUCGCCUAGCCUCUCACCCUCUCUUCGCCCAAAACUAUGCAAUCAUCAACAACUCUCCCAUGCUUCUAUUCUUCGCUGGUCCACCCCUUGCCAACCACCUCGAGCAGCUAGACGAGGCCACCGUCUCGACCAUUGUCCAUCAUCGGCUAGUCGAAUGCGUUGCCAAUCCGAGCACACCCCUUCCAGCCCCACCUGCACAUGUUCAUGUGACCCGCUGGUCCGCGGACCCCCACUCGUACGGCUCGUACUCCUACUUUCCCGUCGCCCGCCGCGGCCACGGCUCGGGCGGAACGCCAUUGGACAUGAUGGAGCUCUCCAACCCUCUCUGGGAUGAACGACUCGGCUUCUGUGGGGAGCACACCGACCCAAACCAUUUUGCUUCAGUGCACGGCCCUUUGUUGACGGGGGUGAGGGAGGGCAAGAGGGUACAUGCGCUGUUGAAGGAGGAAGAGGGGCAGACGUGGCGUGAUGUUGGCGUGGAUGAUGAGGAGGCACAUGAGUGCUAUAGAGGAUUGAGAGUGUGA